AUAAGACCAAGUUGGCCUCAGAGGUUGGCGGCCAUGACAGUCUGCUGAGUCUCGCCCUCGAUGUGAAAGCAAUGGUGGACUCAAUGAUUAUCAUUUCAAAGAAUAUAUAGCACUCACCUUCUCUAUUUUCUAUUGGCUAAAGUUCAAGAUGGCGUCAAAUGUCUUAUUAAGCUGUAGAGAAUUUGUCGUCGGAGCCAAAUAUCGAAUCGUGAGGAAAAUCGGAAGUGGCAGUUUUGGCGAUAUUUACCUGGGAAUGAACUUAACAAAUGGAGAGGAGGUGGCAAUUAAGUUGGAGCAAAUGAAGGCCCGCCAUCCACAGCUGCUCUAUGAGAGUAAAGUCUACAAAAUUCUCCAAGGAGGAGUUGGUAUCCCUCAUAUAAGAUGGUUUGGCCAGGAGCAAUCUUACAACAUCCUUGUGAUGGAUCUGCUGGGUCCUUCUUUGGAAGAUCUCUUCAAUUUCUGCAGUCGCCGCUUCACUAUGAAGACUGUGCUCAUGCUGGCUGACCAGAUGAUUGCACGUGUUGAGUUCAUCCACACCAAAAACUUUAUACACAGAGACAUUAAACCUGACAAUUUCUUGAUGGGCAUUGGACGUCACUGCAACAAGCUGUUCCUCAUAGACUUUGGGUUGGCAAAGAAGUACCGCGAUACCAGGACACGUACGCAUAUUCCCUACCGGGAGGACAAGAACCUCACUGGCACAGCAAGAUAUGCAUCCAUCAAUGCGCAUCUUGGCAUUGAACAGAGCCGACGUGACGACAUCGAAUCCUUGGGCUACGUGCUCAUGUACUUUAACCGCGGUAGUCUGCCGUGGCAAGGCUUGAAAGCUGCCACCAAGAAACAGAAGUAUGAGAAAAUCAGCGAGAAGAAGAUGUCCACUCCUGUUGAGGCCCUUUGUAAGGCCUUCCCUGCGGAGUUUGCAAUGUACCUUAACUACUGCCGAGGGCUGCGGUUUGAUGAGCCCCCUGACUACAUGUACCUUCGUCAGCUGUUCCGCAUCCUGUUCCGCACCCUGCACCACCAGUACGACUACACCUUUGACUGGACCAUGCUCAAGCAGAAGGCAAAUAACACUCUGCAGAGCGCGGCGACUGCUGCCACAGCACCUGGGGCCACCGUACCUACCCUCACACAGCAGCCUUCAGGUCACUAGCAUCUCAAAUCGAUCGCUCUCGGAGACCCCUUAGCAACACUGAUGUACUUUUCUGGCUCCGGCUGCUGAAGCUACAGUUAUGACGUUCUAUAAAACAGCUACAACUGCUGCCGCUCUAGCCACAGCUUUUAAGCGCGCUACUGGUAUAGCCAAGUUGAGAAUGCUUGAUCUGUCGGCAGUAAAGCUACGACUCGGCAGUCCAGCCAGUGUCAUGUCAAAAGCUGCGGAAACGGGCUCACUCACUACGGCUUUCUAUAUACAUUACCUUUGCUUCUUUUUCCCCCAUGUCUUUCCGCAUCUUUUCUCAUAAGACAGUCUAAUUAUUCAUUGCCCCAAAUUCUUCAUUAUUUUUUAAACUUUUAAUCUUUGUUUAUUCAUCUCUGAGGAUUUUUCAUUUUCAACCCUAUGCGUUUCAUUUUUGCACCUGGGACUUAUCUACAAUAUUCUCCUCUUUUAGAAAUUGCCCAAUUGUUUCUUCUUUAGGAUCUCAAAUAUUUUUUUUUACAUGGGAUGCUAUUGAUUUUCUCUGAGGGAGGUUAUUUUAUUUUGUUGAACUAGUUUCUUUUUUUCAUAGUUUGUUUGACAUGAUUAGUUCUCGAGUGGCUCAUUCUGUCAUGAACUAGUUUUGAAGUUCUGCCCUCGUCACGUCAAACUAAUGUAACUUCACUCUAGGAAACCAUUAAUUAAACAAAAUAAAUAUUCUAGAUUUUAGAGGUCAUACUUUAUGGAUGAUAAAUGCUGUAAAUAUUUGCCUAGUGUGUUGACCAUUAUUUUUAUUAUGAUUUUCAUUGAUAAUGAAUGAGAACGUAGGUCGGUUCUUUGCCACUCAGAACGAUCACGCGUUUCUUUUCUUGCUUGCCUGACAGGAAAUCUAGAGAUAAAGAUGCCUGGAAUAAUGUUGCGGCAAAAAAUGAAGUCUGUGUAAAUAUCGAAGUAAAUGAUGGAAUCAACUUGGGUUGCGAAAUGCGUGUUAUCUGUAAUGAUAUCUAUCGAAACGUUGGAUCAGAAACCUCUUGCAAAUAAAAAAUUGUCUUUUUCUCAUUUUGGUUUCUAAAAGCCACUUAUACUUUGAUUAGUAGAAAUUUACAUCUUACCAACUUUUUUGACUUUGGAGCUUGAUUGGGAUUCAAUGGAGCAGAAUAAUAAAUAUUUGAAAUGAUAGUCAAUGAAGUGCUAACCCUCCGGGUAUUAGGCACAGUAAAUUCUUCCUCUUGAUAACCGUUAUAAAAGGUUAAUAACGGUUGUGUUGAAUUCGACAACAAUGUCUAUUGGCAUAAGUAAUAUUUGAUAGACUGAACAUGGAACUAUGACCGCACUUUUCAGGUGGGCUAGAUUUGUGGAAAGUAUUCUUCGGGAGCGUACUUAACCUUUGAUUAUUGGCUUAAUAGAUGUGUUCGGGACGUACUAGCUACCACUCCUGGCUUAUUAAAUGAAUGAGACGACAAUGCCCGUUGUGUUUCCUAGGUCAUGAUUUUAGAACAUGGAAGACAUUGUUGUUCUUGAAGUCGUCUCCCCCGUCUAUCUCUCUUGCUCUGUUCUUUUUCUGUCUAUGAGCUAGUAUAUUAACUGGUGAUCUGGUAGAGCUUUCAUGUUCUGAACUGAUUGGUUAUCGAUAUUUCCUUGUGGACGUGUAACGAUACCGUUAAUAAAUAAGUGAUGCUGUAGAUAGCUGCACUUUUGGGAUUAGGGUCACCUUAUUAGUAGAUGCUUCGAUAUUUCGUGUAACCAAUAUCAUUUUAGACACGUGCUGCUUUAUUUUGAUCAGUGAUUAACGAGCAUCGCUUCAGAAAAGCCUCGUCUCCAUGACGAACUUGGUGAGGCUCAAUGUUGCGUAUUGCUUGUCUUGAAGGGAUUAUGUGCAUAGUGACGCGAUCAUGGAAGAUUUCCUUGUACCUCCGUACUCUAGGCUUAUGGUAUAAUACUAAUAAUAAUGUUAAUGUUAGUAAACUUAUUUGCUGUUGUCUCGGAAUGCAAUGGUAAUUUAAUCGAAGGCUCCUCACAUGCCCAUUUCUUGUGACAAGAAAGGCAGCUCCGAAUGUGAACCACAAGGCGGAUUUUUAAAUGCUGGGAAGCUGACAACACGUUAGAAUUGUAGACGAAAGUAAAUAUUUGAAACUGGAAGUAUUGAAAUUUUUGUCACGAUUUUCACCUGCUUAAAUGGGCGACUAAUUUUUGGAGUCAUCCUUGAAGUUGAUCAUCGCGCUAGUAAGAUAAAGACUUGCCCUGUAGGAUGCGUCUCGAAUGAAGAUACGAUUUGACUGAUGUAGGAAGUUAGUUUCCCGACGUCAAGUAUAGAUUUUUGUCAAGAAACCGCGUUCUGAACGAUGCUCUUUGGUCAAAGCCUUUAAACUAACAAGGAAUUUCCAGAGAGUAUUGCUUGAGCAUCACUAACCUUGUAUCUCAUCUGCUGUACGUCAGCGUAGUUCCUUGAUAGCGUAACAAGCGCGCCUCCCGAAAUAAAAGUCCAGGACCGCUCGUAGUCACCUUCCACUUGUCAUCCUACGAGUUCUCUUGUGUUGCGGCCGCACCGGCCGUUUCCUACGUGCGUGUCCACUUGUGCUUACAUAUGCUUGGUGUAUGUAGAACAAAGAUCCCGUGUGCAUUUCUAGACAUAUUGUGAUAUUUUAUCUGUGAAGCGAUGUUUGGUUUUUACUGCGAGUUUCUACCUGACGGCUUCUUCCGUUGUGUUGACUUUCUUCAUAACUUAGAUGAUGUCAUGUUUUCGUUUACUCGUGAGUGAGCGUACAUUAGCUAGCACCACACCAACACUGAAGCUGAAAUACUGCACUAACGUAGGCAUCGUUGUUUUAAUGAAUAGUUGUAUUAUUGUUUUUGUAAGAUCCCUUCACUUGUAUCGCUUUCAGUAUCGAAAUCGUGUUAGUAUAUCUUUGAAAUACAUCAUCUUAAGACUCGA